CCCGUCGUAUAGUUUGAUCUGCCAUAAACGACGUCGGCUGGCUCUCUGCAUCCUUAAAACGGCGUCGUAUGGAUUUUUCUUAUCUCAAAUGCCAGGAAGCGCGAGAGAGACAACUCCAGAGCUCUUGAGAAAUGUCACUUCUUCCCUCCAAGUUUGGCUCUCUCCACCUCCAUCUCCAUCUCCUCCGCCCUCCAAACCCUAACCCUAGCCGCCGUGCUCUACCUCCCCCUCGCCGUCAAUCACUCAAAAUAUUCAGCGGCAAAAGGUCCGGCAAGCAGAGAUACCCGUCGGAGAGGAAGGUCCUCAAAUUGAAGCACACGGACAUCGUCGGCAACGUCAAGAACAAACACCAAGGCAUCUGGCGGCUCUCCAAGCUCGCCGUUCCGGUCGACCGCGACCCCGGAAAGGACUUCCUCGGCGUCUCCCAGAGCUUGCUUGAAGAAAUCGCCAAAGUGCUUGAGUUUCCGGUCGCUUCAAUGCUGCCGUUGGAGGCGUUCACGGUGGUUCGGAAAUCGUUUGAUGCGAGGAAGAGGCUGAAAGAACCGAAAUUCGUUUACAUAGUGGAAAUGGAUGUUGAUAAGCUAUUAAGUUUAGAGCCUCGUGCUUGGGAAUUCAUUUCGGAGUUGGAGCCUAAAGUUGGGCUGGUAGAACACAUGCCUUAAGUGAGGAAGUCCGGAGAUUUGACGGGUAUUAUACAGGACUUGAAACAAGUAGAUCAGGGUUCAGUUUCGGGAGUAAAUGAAAAUACAAUGCUGAAUGGGUCUCAAGGAUCAUAUACAUUUCCGACAGCUAGGAGACCGAAAAUUGCGGUGGUGGGUAGUGGACCGUCUGGGCUGUUUGCUGCUCUUGUUCUUGCGGAGUUUGGUGCAGAUGUCACCUUGAUAGAAAGAGGUCAGCCUGUUGAACAGAGGGGGCGUGACAUUGGUGCUUUGGCUGUCCGCCGGAUUCUGCAAACAGAAAGCAAUUUCUGCUUUGGAGAGGGUGGUGCAGGUACCUGGAGUGAUGGAAAGCUCGUGACUAGGAUAGGAAGAAACAGUGGCAGUGUUUUGGCGGUUAUGGAAACUCUAGUUCAAUUUGGAGCUCCAGAAGGAAUUUUAGUUAACGGAAAGCCUCAUUUGGGAACAGAUAAGUUGGUUCCACUACUUCGCAAGUUUCGGCAACAUUUACUAAAGCUGGGUGUUACCAUCAAAUUUGGGACAAGGGUGGAUGAUCUCCUUGUGGACAAUGACCAGGUUGUAGGUGUCAAAGUUUCUGAUUCAGUUGACAGGCUACAGUCUAGUAGUAAGAGAUGGGAAUACGAUGCUGUUGUUCUGGCUGUAGGACAUUCUGCACGGGAUCUUUAUCAGACACUUCUGUCUCAUAACAUUGAGUUGAUCCCGAAAGAUUUUGCUGUUGGCUUGCGCAUUGAGCAUCCUCAAGAAACUGUAAACAGCUUACAGUAUUCUGGAUUGGCAACUGAGGUUUGCAGAGGACGCGGUAAAGUACCAGUGGCAGAUUACAAGGUUGCAAAGUACGUAAGUAGAGAGGACGGGGCUGAAGCUUUGCAUGCAACUAGCCGUAGCUGCUAUUCCUUCUGUAUGUGUCCUGGUGGUCAGGUUGUUUUAACAAGUACAAAUCCAUCUGAAAUAUGUGUCAAUGGCAUGUCAUUUUCUCGGCGUGACUCAAAGUGGGCAAAUGCUGCACUAGUUGUGACCGUCUCAAUGAAAGAUUUUGGUGCAUUGAAUCUCCAUGGACCUCUAGCAGGGGUUGAGUUUCAGAGAGAAUUUGAGCAAAGAGCAGCAAGAAUGGGAGGUGGAAAUUUUGUGGUACCUGUGCAGACAGUAACAGAUUUUAUGGACAAUAAAUUAUCAGUAACAUCUGUGCCACAGUCAAGUUAUCGAUUAGGUGUGAAGGCAGCAAAUCUUCACAAGUUAUUUCCUGAUUAUGUAACGGAGACUUUGCAGCAGUCAAUUUCAGCGUUUGACAAAGAGUUGCCAGGCUUUAUCUCCAAAGAGGCCCUUCUUCACGGGGUGGAGACCAGGACCAGUUCUCCUAUCCAGAUUCCCCGCAGUCCUGAAACUUAUGAGAGCACAUCUUUGAAAGGUCUCUAUCCUGUUGGUGAAGGAGCAGGUUAUGCUGGAGGGAUUGUAAGUGCAGCUGUGGAUGGUAUGCAUGCUGGUUUUGCAGUGGCAAAAAAUUUUGGAUUGUGUAGUGAUGGCAUAGAGUCAAUUUUGGGUAAGGCUCGAAGUGCUGGAUUUUUGGAAUACUAGAAGCUUAUUCAUGGUUUCAAGUUCGUUUGGCGUUCAAAACAAUCUCAAUCAUCUAUGUUGAAGAUCUUGGGACCUCAGUGAUGAAAUUUCUCUACUUCUGUCAAGGAUUCAAAAUGAUGGAACAGGAAGUUUCUGUCCCCGCUCGAGAGUUUAUCUGACCAAUUACUUUCUUUUGCAUUGGAUAUAAUGCUGAGACUUGAUUUUCGUCGCAAAGGAGGAUGAUUGCCACCAUGACAUGAGCCUUCUGUUUGAUGAUAUAGAGACGUCUCUCCUACUGAAACAAAACCAAAGACGAACAGAUUGGCAGACGCCCUCCAGGUUCCAAGCGACAUUGACUUGGGAAAAUCCUGUAAGAUUCAGGACCCUGUGUAGUUUUAAGUUUUAACUCCACUUCAGAAAACCUAAAUAUUGCAAUAUAUCACGUACAUCGUUUUGACUCUAGAAGUUUAUAAUCUGCAAUCUAAUCUCUUUAUUUAAUGCACGUCAAACACGUACAUGCAAUGUAUUCAGACUUGAGAACCAUUGUGUUCCCAUAAUGGUCGUCCUCUUUGUAAUUGUAGUAUCUGCCAAGCAGCCAAGGUGUGCAUUGUGAACUAGAAACCAAACACAAGUAAAAUCGGUGAGUAUAUUCAUAUAUAUUAUGAAUACAAGAACGACAACAUGGUCAAUGCGGAUUAUUUAUGUUCAGAAUAAUCAACAUUGCUCAUGUUAUUUAGUGGAACAAUUAAAGUAGACAUUGUUGCCCACAUGGGAUGGAAGCACAUAGUGACAAUUUCGAACAAGUAGCAGAUUUUGCUUGGUCUUUCUUCCUUGAAGAGCUACAAUAUAGAAGAUGCAUAUGUUGGUUUAAUAGUAGGGACAUGCUUUGGGCAUGGCAUAUGCAUGGGUUCGAUUCGCCAUGAUUGCAUUCCAUUAUUAUAUUCUAGCACAAGAGCCCUCAUCAUUUGGUCCUUUUCCAAGUUUUAAUUCAAGAAGAAGAUUUGGCAGAAUCUGCAUUUCAAUGAUGCAUUAUUGAUAUUGUAAUCACUGCAUAGUUCUUUCUGAUAUUGUUUAGGAACAUUUUAAAUUGUAACAUGGAAUGACAUGCAUGUUCAACUACUUAA